UAGUCGGUCCACCUUAAGAGAAGUAGGCGGGCUUAAACCUUUGACCAAUGAGGGACCUACUAGGAAUUUAAAUAGCUCUGUAUGUCAAUCUUGCCCCUACCCCCACACCGCCCGUCAACCUCCCCUCUCAAUCCCAACUCAAUCGCCAUAUUUGUACUGCAAAGGGUUGUCUGCAGUUUCUCUCACUGCGGGACGAAAUUGACAGAGCGCCUUCAGUUCCUGUGCACUUUGUUUUGAUGAUCCGCGAAGACUACCUUGGGCUUCAGAACAGCGCGGCCGUUUGCGUCUCCACCCCGACGUAUGCAUGGCAUAAGGCGUUUUACGCUUGUUUUGGAUCUUUCUCAGCGACGGCGAGAAAACCGUUGUUUUUGAGCGGCGUGGGUUUUUUUCUCGUGAAAAACUGGACGCUCCGGGCUGUUUAAAUAAUUGUGUCUUUCUCUGGGGCAAAAUGUCAAAUGUUCGACUUUCAAACGGGAGCCCGACGUUGGAGCGGACGGACUCGCGGCUGUCGGAUCACCCGAAACCAUCAGCCUGCAGGAGCCUCUUCGGCUCGGUGGAUCACGAAGAGUUAAAGAGGGAUUUAAAGGGACAUUUACGGGCGUUGGAAGAGGCUGCCUCCGAGGAGUGGGGCUUCGACUUCGCCACUGACACGCCGCGGGCCAACUCCAGGUUCGAGUGGGAAUUAGUGGAUGCCGCGGACUUCUACACUCGGCAGCCGCGGGCGAAGAAAGGCGUCUGGUCCGCUGGGAAUAACAAUGUGGAUCUUAACGGGAAUCACAGUUGUGUUGUGGUGCCUCCAAGCGAAGAUCCCGACAGGUCUGACGGGCAAAUGGAGUGCAUGGAACAGUGUACUGCGCUGAGGAAAAGACCUGCAUGUCACGACUCCUCUAACCCAAGCAAGAGGUCACACACCAGCUCAGAUGUAAGUUGUCCAAGCCUGAGCCACCCAGAACACACGCCCAGAAAGACCAGUCCCAAGAGAAAGACGUGAGAAAAGAGCUGAAGAUGUAUGCCCACCCCUGUCUUUUUUUGUUUUUCUUUUUUUUUUAAACGUGGCAAACCUCAGUGUUGGCUGUCGUUUUGUUUUUUGUUUUUUUUGGAAGAGGAUCGACACAGCAUCAGAAACAUAUCAACUCUCCUGAAGAUUGGGGAGGACGCUGUUGAAGCACUGAAUAGAAACACUAAAUUUGUGGCACUCAAAAGUUACUGCCUCUAAAAGCAGUCAAUGUAGCAGUGUGCAAUUAGGUUUGAUUUACUUUUUUGCUCCUUUGUUUUUUUUUUUUAACUACCUGUGUGUAAAUAAAUAUUAAAAAAUAUAUAUAUACAUAUAUAUUAUAUUUCUCUCCAUAUGUAGCACGUAAGACAUUAUGAUUUAAAAAGAAAUCCUUUAUGUAAAACGGUGUGAAUUUUGAUUUGACUUGAAGAACUGCAAUGUAGUUUGAUUAAAUGUUUCCAAAAUGCUGUUCUGUAACUUUUUUAUUUUUUUUUUCUCAGCAGUGUGAUGUUGACAGUCCCUAAUUGCUACAUUUAAAACAAAAUCUUGGCUUCUUACAGUUUCUUAAGUGUGUCUUCACUCGUCAUCUUCCUAACUCAGCAUUGAAGAAUGGUACAAAUGUAGCUCAUCUGUUUUUUGUUUGCUUGCGCCCCC